GUGGUAUAUAAGUGAGUAUAGAAAGCAAAACUUAUAUUUAUAUUUUGUUCGUUUGUUGUUAUUAGUGUUUGUGUUGUUUUCGUAGAAACAUGGCGAUUACAUUGAAACUGGUGUCAAUUAUAGGGAUAAUUUCUGUAGCAAAUGCCGCCGACUCCUUCCACUUAAGAUACCGAAGAGAAGCAGGGGCAGUCCCCAGCUACACUCCAGACACUUACGAGCAGGCUCCGGUGGACUCCUACGAAUUACCCCCACAAUUACCCUUAACAUUCGAACUUCCGAGGGAAGAGCCGGCGUCCGUUCCUUUCUACAGCCCCGAACCCAGCACUGAUCUCAGGGCACCACAAUACGUGGCCAACGUGCCAGAUUAUUACCAAUCUCCCAUCCCAUCCCAAGAACUGGUUGCCCCAGUCGAAACCCAGUGGAACCCAAACAACGAUCCCAAGUUUUACUACGAAGUGCCCGCCUUGCUGACCAAGCAACAGCUUCCCACAAACGCCUACCCGAAGAAGUACAACAAAGACCUCCACAGCAAAGAAAAACCAUACUCCUCAAAACCCAAAACGGAAAUCACCUUGGAACCGAUCAAUGAAGCCGAAUACAUUUUGAAGCAGAAAGAUCUGCAUAAAAGUUUCGAGAAACUAGCCAAAAAGGAGAACCAAAAACAAAUCCAGCCACAACAGGCAGUUUAGAUUCGAAGAGAGGGACAACGAUGGGAUCGUCAAAGGUCACUACGGUUUCUACGACAAAGAGGGUAAACUUAGAUUAGUGAACUACGGCGCCCAUCCCGACCAAGGAUUCCAUUCGGAGGGCAACUUUGGAAAUUAAAUUAAUAAUAAAUUUUUUGCGUAGAACACACUAAUGCUCAAUAAUAUUAAAUUAUUGUAUAUAAAUUAAUGAUCAAUGUUUUAUAUUGAUUUUUAGUCGUAGCUUUAAUUAUUGUUAAGAAUUGUGUGAUUGUGUUGCUCUCUUGUUAUAUUUUAUUGAAUAAAUAGUACUAAUUUAUA